AUGUCUCUUCCAAGAAUUGCUGUUAUAGGAGCUGGCCCUGCUGGGUUAACUUUUGCUCGUCUUCUUCAACACAAUGGUAUUCCAUGUACCAUAUUUGAAUUAGAUGCAGAUCGUCAUGCACGAACUCGAGGAGGUAGUCUCGAUAUUCACGAAGGAUCUGCUCAAGUUGCACUCCGUGAAGCUGGAUUGUAUGAACAAUUCUUAGCAGUCGCACGAACUGAGGGAGAAGUCCUCAAAAUCUACGAUCCUUCUGGCAACCUUCUCAUAGAUGAGAGUAAAGAAAUUGGUGAAAGUAGACCAGAUUCAUUCAAGGGUCGUCCUGAAGUCGAUCGAGUCCAGCUUCGUAAUAUUCUUUUGGAUUCUCUUGCGCCUGGUAGCAUCAAGUGGGGACAUAAGCUACAACGUGUCGAAACAUCUGACGACGGAGUAUCUCUCACAUAUGAUUUACACUUCAAACAUUCUGUUGAGACAGGAUUUGAUUUGGUUGUCGGAGCAGAUGGAGCUUGGAGUAAAGUACGCCAUAUAAUUUCCAACACUCGACCACAAUUCGCCGGAAUCACCGGGGUUGAAGCCAAGGUUAUGAACAUUGAUCAAAAGGACCCAGCUCUUGCGAAAAGAGUAGGCUUGGGUAUGUGUCUCACCCUCGGUAACCACCAAACUGUUUUAUCGCAACGUAAUGGUGAUGGAUCUGUUCAAACAUAUGGAUUUUUCCGCAGACCCGAAGAUUGGCAAGAGACUUGCGGUAUCGAUUGGUCCGCUCCUAAUGUUGGACAAAGGUUUGUGGAUAAAUAUUACGAAGAUUGGGACCAAGACGCAAAGGACUUGAUAAUCAAGAGUGAUGAAGAAGCAUUUCCAAGACCAAUGUAUAUGCUUCCGAUCGGUCAUAGAUGGCUUCACAGAGCAGGUGCAACCCUAUUAGGUGAUGCAGCUCAUCUCAUGACACCAUUUGCAGGUGUGGGUGUUAACGUUGCCAUGGAGGAUGCAAUGGAACUUGCAAGAGCUGUGAUUGCUCGCAAACCAACCUGGGAAGGAAAGGAGAAGUUUGAGGAUACCGCUGGUCUAUCGGAAGCGGUAAGAAAAUAUGAGUUAGCCAUGUUCGAUCGUGCGGAGGGGUAUGCGAAAGAAACUUGGAUGUACCUGAAUCUUUUCUUCAAUGAAAGAGGAGGACAUGCAAUGGUUGAAAGCUUUGCCGAACAAAAGAAGCAACAGAAAAAGGAAGCUGAGUUGAAGGCUUUGGAAAAUAAGGAGACAGUUAAUGUCGAGGUUAUAAGUACUUAG